GGCGAAUUUUUCUUUUUUUUUUUUUUCUUUCUCGGAAUGAAAAAGAAAAAGCCCCUCCGUGGGUGGGAAUAAAAACCCGCGUUCUCCGCAAGCGUCUCUGAUUUUUCUUUUUGUGUUAGGCGUUGCCUCCAACGUUACCCCAGGCUGAGACGCCUCGUACACUAUAUCAACUGCAAAAAUGGGUUGGAUACAUCGCACCAACCUUGCGGUGGCGCGGUCCCCCGUUGGACGAUGGUUUCGUCUGGAAAAUUCCGGCCAUCCCCAAGAGCGGAAAGGAAGCUUUUUCUUUACCGAGAUUCGAGCGGGAUUGGCGACCUUCUUUGCCAUGGCUUACAUUAUUAGCGUCAAUUCCACUAUUACCUCCGAUUCCGGCGGCACCUGCGUCUGCCCUCCAGAAAGCUGGGCUGACAAGUGCAAUUCGAACACCGAGUAUUUGCUAUGCGUACAGGAAGUGAAACGUGAUCUGGUCACGGCCACCGCGGCCAUUGCUGCGUUGGGAACGUUCUUCAUGGGUUUGCUCGCCAAUUUGCCCGUAGCGUUAGCGCCUGGAAUGGGCUUGAACGCAUACUUCGCAUACACAGUGGUUGGACAUCACGGGUUUGGAAUGAUUCCAUAUCGCAUCGCGGUGACAGCGGUGUUUGUGGAAGGAUUUGUCUUCUUAGCCUUGACGCUCAUGGGAAUCCGGCAGUGGUUAGCCAGAGCAUUACCUGCAUCGAUCAAGCUGGCAACGGGUACCGGCAUUGGGCUGUACUUGACGCUGAUCGGACUGAGUUACAGCGCUGGCAUUGGUCUGGUUACCGGUGCGACGGAUUCGCCGAUGGAACUUGCUGGAUGCCAUUCCUCCAUGCGCGAUCCAACCACCGGCUUGUGCCCUUCCAGCGACAAGAUGCGUAACCCGACGAUGUGGGUCGGUAUCUUUUGCGGCGGUGUCAUGACAGCGAUGCUGAUGCUGUACCGUGUCAAAGGUGCGGUCAUUAUUGGCAUCUUACUGGUUUCGAUCAUCUCGUGGCCCCGGCCGACACCAGUGACCUAUUUCCCCCAUACGGAGCUGGGAGACAGCAAUUUCAAUUUCUUCAAGCAAGUGGUAACGUUCCACCCCAUUAAACGGACGCUCGUGGCACAGGAGUGGGAUCUCACGGGACAUGGUGCGGAGUUUGGGCUGGCUUUCAUUACCUUCUUGUAUGUCGACAUUCUUGACACCACAGGUACACUGUACUCCAUGGCACGCUUCGCGGGCGCGAUCGAUGAGCGCACUCAGGAUUUCGAAGGCAGUGCUUUCGCCUACAUGGUUGACGCAGUCUGUGUCUCUAUCGGCUCACUCUUUGGCUCACCCCCAGUAACAGCCUUUGUGGAGAGCGGUGCUGGUAUCUCCGAAGGUGGAAAAACCGGUAUGACCUCCUGUGUGACCGGCCUCUGCUUCUUUAUCGCCGUCUUCUUCGCCCCCAUCUUUGCUUCGAUUCCUCCCUGGGCGACGGGUUGCACGCUUGUCAUUGUCGGCGCCCUCAUGUGCAAAGCUGCCGCCGAAAUCAACUGGAAGUACUACGGCGACGCCAUUCCAGCCUUUCUUACCAUCGCCAUCAUGCCGUUUACCUACAGUAUCGCGUACGGUUUGAUUGCCGGUAUUCUGAGCUAUAUCUGCAUCAACAUGCUUGUGUGGGUCGUUGAAAAGGCAAGCUUUGGACGGAUUGUCCCGCCGAACAAGGAUGAGAAAGAUCCCUGGACAUGGAGGCUUCCGGGCGGCUUCUUCCCCCCAUGGGUCAAGAGGGCUGCGAGGGGAAAGAAGAAGUUCUGGCAGCCGGAUGAGGAGAAUGAGGGUGUUGUGCCCGAUGGGUCAGUGUCGAGUAAUGAACGGGGGGAGAAGUCGAGCCUCGGCUUCAAGAGCAAGAGCGGUGUUGUGUGAUCCGCAGUAUAUCAAACAUCCUUGUUCGUGUACAUUAGAUUAUAUAUAGCUAGAGGGCUCGAGCGCUUCCGUCGCCCCGAGCGCCGUUCGAAUUUAGUUGGUCAAAGUUCAGUAGGACGCCGCUCUUUCUUCUAUACUUCUUCACGACAAAAUGGUGGCAAUACUAUAUUCCCCAUACCCUAUAUUAUUUAGCUUUAAAUUUAGGGCUUCGGCAUCCCGUUCCAGCUUGUGGGAAAUUAGACGAUGGAUCUGAACUGAUCGAAAAGAAGAAUUUGAUUGGCGGGAGCUAUGUUCUAG